AUGCCGUCCAGCUCGUCGGCGGCCGCGACGGCGACGGCACUUCCUGCCUUCACCACGCCCUUCGUGGCACCGCCAGGCUGCCCCAUCUUCAGAACCACCAGCGUCGACGUAUCCUCAGGCUCUACUAACGUAGUCAUCACAGUCCUCGUUGCAGACGACCCCUCAUGCAUGCCCGAUGGCUGGGACGAUGUCGUCCCGGAGAGCCGGUUGAAGUUCAACCCCGGCGUGUGCCCCAGUGGCUGGGUCUACCACGACAUUGCCGACGGCGACGCAACGGACAAGUUCACGGCCAAGUGCUGCGACCGAACUCUUGUCCAGUCCAAGAUCCCCCACGCGUGCGGCCGCUGGAUCUCUGGGCUGAACUCGGACUCAGGCUCCGACGCCGUCGCUACCACCACCGGCGUCGACAUUGCCCGCAGUACACUCCUUGUUCACUAUGGCUGGGGCAUCACAUGGUCCGCCUCCGAUAUCCCCAACCUUACCCCCCAGCCCCCUUCCAUCACCCAUCGCAUGCUGGUACCGACGUGGACCCCUGGCGACGUUAUCCCGCCCGGAAAGUACGACCGCGAGUCCGCUUCGGGUCCCAACAGAAACUACUUCCUUGACGGACCCGCCAUGUGGUUCGUGGUCGUGGGCUUGCCCAUCAUCGGCGCCCUCUUGAUCGGCUCGUGUAUCUACUGCUGCGUGCGGGGGACCAAGCAUGAGAAGAAGAUGAAAGCGCGUCGGGCGGCUGCUGCUGCUGCUGCCACUGCUGCCAGUGCCACAGCGGACGUAGAAGGGGUGCCGGACGCGAAGUGA